AGGAAGCGUUGCUUUGCCUUCAUCGCAGUUCCUCUUAGCAGCUUGCUAAGUGAUUUGUACGUCCCCCUGAUUGCCAAAAGCAAUGGAAGUGACGAUGGACCCCUUGUUUCUGGCGUGGAGCUAUUUCAGAAGGCGGAAACUUCAACAAUGUUCCGACAUUUGUACAAAAAUAUUACAAGACAAUCCAUACGACCAGGACUCAUCCUUGCUUAUCUCAGAGGCUGCAUGGAGCUUGAAAACCCGUGCUCUUACAGAGAUGGUAUACAUAGAUGAAAUUGAGGUUGACCAGGAGGGGAUUGCUGAGAUGAUGCUGGAUGAAAGCUCUAUUGCUCAAGUUGCACGACCUGGAACAUCACUGAGACUUCCUGGAACAAGUCAGGGUGGAGGUCCCACACCAGCCAUCAGGCCCAUGACACAGUCAGGGCGCCCUAUCACGGGAUUUGUGAGACCCAGCACACAGUCAGGGCGUCCUGGGACAAUGGAGCAGGCCAUCAAAACCCCACGUACUGCAAGCACAGCUCGUCCUGUCACUGCUUCUUCUGGUAGAUUCAUCCGUUUGGGAACAGCUUCAAUGCUAACCAAUCCUGAUGGACCUUUUAUAAACUUGUCUAGACUAAAUCUGGCCAAGUAUUCCCAAAAACCCAAUUUAUCCAGGACACUAUUUGAAUAUAUCUUCCAUCAUGAAAAUGAUGUGAAAAAUGCUUUGGAUUUAGCUGCUCAAGCUACUGAACAUGCACAGUUCAAAGACUGGUGGUGGAAAGUUCAGCUGGGAAAAUGUUACUACAGGCUUGGCUUAUAUAGAGAAGCAGAAAAACAGUUUCGAUCAGCCCUCAACCACCAAGAGGUGGUAGAUACAUAUCUCUAUCUUGCAAAGGUUUAUCAGCGUAUGGAUCAACCAAUAACAGCUCUCAGUCUUUUCAAGCAAGGUCUGGACCACUUCCCUGGAGAGGUCACCCUUCUAACAGGAAUCGCUCGUAUCCAUGAGGAGAUGAACAACAUUUCAUCAGCUACAGAGUACUACAAAGAUGUCCUGAAGCAGGACAACACUCAUGUGGAGGCCAUAGCCUGCAUAGGCAGCAAUCACUUCUACACAGAUCAACCUGAGAUUGCGCUGCGGUUCUAUAGACGGCUGCUCCAGAUGGGAGUGUAUAAUUGCCAGCUGUACAACAACCUGGGCCUGUGCUGUUUCUACGCCCAGCAGUACGAUAUGACUCUGUCCUCGUUUGAGAGGGCUCUGGCCCUGGUGGCCAAUGAUGAAGAGCAGGCUGAUGUCUGGUACAACAUAGGACACGUGGCUGUAGGAAUAGGAGACUUGACGCUGGCCUAUCAGUGUUUUAAACUGACCUUGGCAUUUAAUAAUGACCAUGCUGAGGCCUACAACAACCUGGCUGUGUUGGAGCUGCGCAAAGGUCAUGUUGAACAGUCUAAAGCCUUCCUUCAGACUGCUGCAUCACUGGCCCCUCAUAUGUAUGAGCCACACUUCAAUCUCUCCAUCCUCUCUGAAAAGAUUGGGGACCUUCAGAGCAGCUAUAGCGCAGCCCAAAAGUCUGAGGACGCUUUUCCAGAACACGUCGACACUCAGCAGCUUCUCAGGCAACUUCGGCAGCACUUUGCUGUGCUGUGAGCAUCCAAACAAAUAUAAAGUAAUAAGUUGUUAGAUUAGUUGUACAUAGAAAUUGACAAAGUGGCAUUAGCUUUGAUUUGUGUUUAUUUAUUAACUUCCAGUUUAUUAGGUACAUCUGCGGAGUAAGCGCUUCAACAGAAUGAGUGGUAACCCUUUGAAGGGUAUUUUCAAAUGUAGUUCUGCACUCCAGUGCUGAAACUUGAUGUGAUUGUCCAUCCUCCUUUUGCAGGCUUGUUACAUACAGAAUCAACAGUCAUUGGUGUUUCUUUGUUCUGUUCUCUGUAAAACUUUAGAUCAAUAGAGUUUCAAAAGGCUGCAGUUCAAGAAACGUUAGAAUUAAAAUGAACUGCUUGAGUGUUUUAGUUAAACAUCCAUACAAUCAUGAAUGGCCCUCACGCAACAUGUGACUUUCACAAUUCAUGCAAAGGUGCGAGUUUUCCUGAAAAACUGGCAAUCUAGUGUCCAGACCUGUACAGUAGUAAAGCGUGUACAUAGCAAAGGCGAAGGUUUUAUUUGUAACAGUUGAAGAAUUUACAUACAUUUUGUAGCUCACUUUAUAAAUCACAUGUAUUUCUCACAUUUUACCCUUCUUCGCAAUUUUGUAGUCUCUUGCAAAAGACAUGGCAAUAAAAACGUCAUUCAAAAGA